AAGGACACUUCUACAAGCGCUGUGACGCUGUUUGACCGUCUGAGUCGCUAAACCGCCUUCUCCAAAUCCCAGAGCGGAUUCUUGUGCAUUUCUUGUGCAUUAGACGCCACGAACCACAAAUGCAGAGCCACUCGGACAACAAUAACAACAAUAGACGGAUCAAAAUCACCAGAGCAGAAUAGUAAAACAGUCUCAGAAGUGCAUACUUCUCGUCUACUGGCCAACCCUAUCAUCCGAGUAUUCCAUUCUUUUUUGCCGAUCGACCUAGCAACCGACAGCCAAAUACCCCAUACACCAUUACCUGCACCAUACAUACACCGUACCAUCUGUAUCAUAUCAUCCCACAUUAUCGUAUCUACGAAGUAUUGCCUUAGGCUUGGAUUGAGACAGCGAGAGUCUCCUUCCCAAUAACUUCUAUACCUACCUGCAGUGGUGUUCUGUAUAUACGUCUGUUUUAUCUGUGCAUUCAGCAAAAAUAACAAAUGUCCGCUACUCCCAAGAGGCCGCUGUCUGCGGCACAGGGUCGACCUUCGAACGAGAAUGUACCUCCUACAGGACGACCUCGAGCGUCCACACCGACUUCGACAAAUGGCACUGGAGCUGCCACCACGCCCCAGAGGACACGAUCCAUUCGAGGUGGAACACCAAUGUCAGCGCGAGCUGCCGCUAACCACAGAGCAUCAUCGUCCUUAAGCAUUUCUACCACAAAUGGAAAUGCUGACAUACGCGCGGAACUCGUCGCAACGAUCGAAGACCUUAAAGAGAGGUUACAGAAGUCCGACGUCGCAUCCGAGCAGUAUAGAAAACAAACAGAGGUCCUGCAGACAAGACUUGAUGACGCCCUUAAAGAGCAGGCCAAAUUGGAAGAUCGUUUACAUGAGAAUGAAGAACAGAUCGAAAGUUUCCGAAAUGAGAAGAGGGAGACAGCAAAGAAGAUGCGCGAGAUGGAGACAAUCUAUGAAGCUGAGAGGAGCUCCAUAACUAAGGAAAAGGAAGAGAUGGGUAAUCGGGAAGAGGAGAUGCAGGCCAUCAUUAAUAGGCUAAAGGAAACCCUCAACCAACGAAAUGCAGAGGACGAAUACCGCCCAACAAGGCAAUCAAACAACUCCUCUCCUAGCGUAGACAGUGGGAACUUCGCCCCACCAUCUUCCGUCCAACGCAGCGAUUCUAGGAACAAUUCCAAGCUUUUACUGCAAAAGGACAAGCUGAUCGAGUCACUACGUCUCGAGCUCGCGGAAGCCCAGAUUAAGCUUGUUGAGUCUGAAAACCAGGGCGGCGGCCGACUACAUGAAGUCGAGCGACUCCUCAUGGAGGCACGCAUGGCUAACGCCCGGCUGAUGGAAGACAACGAGUCAUAUCAGCUACUGCUCCAGGAGAAGACACUCCACGGCGACUUCGGCAAGGGCGACUUCAGUUACAUGAAUGUGGCCGCUAACCAAGACGCCCUGAACGCCCUUGAGGGCAGAUCUAACGCCGGUGAUGCGGCUCCGCCAGCAGCCAGUCUUGCCGACGAACUAGGGGCUCUCAACGGAGACGAGUCGCCCAAGGUGCACGCCGAGGACGACAACACACGCCGUCUAGAGGCCGAACUCCGCGCUGCGAAGGAUCAGAACAAAGCUCUCACGUUGUAUAUUAACAAGAUCAUCGAGCGCCUCCUUCAGCAUCAAGAGUUCGAGCAUAUCCUCGACCAAUCUUCCGACUUCAAACCCGGUGCCAACGUCCACAAGGACCUACCGCCACCCCCUACGGACUCGCCUGGCGUUGGGGCUUCGCUACUCCAGCGCGCAAAAUCUAUCGCUAUCGGUGGUGGCCAGCAGCGUCCUAAGCCUAGGCCUAUGACCAUGUCCGCCUCCCACCAACUCCAAGCUCAGAUGGCCAUGCUGCCUUCCGCCUUGAAUAACCCCGACACCGCACCUAGUAUCCCGAUCUCUGGGCUCGGCAGAUCGCACAGCACGGCCCGACGCAUCCCCGGCCGCCCCAUGAGCGAGCAGCUGACGGGCGCCGCUGGCAUCGUCAACGCAAUGUAUAAGGGCCCUGACGGUCCUCUCUCCCCAACAUUAAGCACAGCAUCGUCAUCAGCACGUCACUCGCAGACGUUCUUCGGCGGAAACAGAGUUUCGUCAAGUAUCGGACAUAACGGCUCGGCGGGUAAUUUCCCCGGUAUGCGAAGCGAGACCAGCAGUGUGAGCGGCGACUCGGCGGCCGACGGGACGACAGGGACGACGACGAGCGCCAGCCAGAGCCCCCCGCGGACGGUGGGCAGCGGCAGUAUCGCCGGAGAGAAGAGCACUACGAUGACGGGGAACAAACCCCGCCCGUUGAGAUUGGUGCAGGAGAACAAUGAGAAGGAACGCGAGCAGAAUAAGAGAGCUUCGUGGUUGGGUUGGGCUCAGGGGGCUUGGACUAAGAAGGAGGGUGAGGAUGUGCGGUAGACAUCCAUCCUGUGAGGGUAUGAAGAUGUUAGAGAAGUGUGAGCAAGAGAGGGGGAAGAUGAUACUAUAUGAGAGGGCGAGGAAGUAUGUGCCUGUGUGAAGGGGGUAAUGAUGAGAC